UCAAGUUCACCGAUUUCACAUACAAAAGGGUAAACAUGCCUAUGUACCUAACCAGUAACCACACAAACACAAUAACAACUCUUUACCAGCAAGAAUAACACUUCACAUUCAAAGUUCAAACACAACAAAGCUCACAGUCCCAUUCUGUGAUUCUUCUUCUUCUUUUUCUUCUUCUUCUUCUUCUUCUUCUUGUCCAGCCCACUUCCACAAAUUCCCUACUUGACAAAUGCUUGUUGUUGGUUGCUGCUGUUUAAGGUGUUAUCAUCAAGCUCCUACAUGUGGAGGAUGAGAGGUAAUUUGCUGCAGCCAAGGAUGACUUGCCGGAAAGCUUUCUUUAUAGCUUUGUAAUUUUCAGAUGAUAAAAUAGUAAAUCUAAGUAUCCACUAUCCAUGUGAAUUCAUAUAUAUAGAAUCAAAUGUUCAUAUAUUUCUAUUAGAAUUAAUCGGCAAGUUCUCUUUGGCUACAUGUUUAUCUCCUAUUCACAUGUUAGAUCUAUGAUGAUAAUGAUAAUAGCAGUAAUGGUGAUUACGUCACUUGCAAUGGAAGAGGCUUAGCGAUUCAGAGAUGUAUAAAAAAAUGUUAUUGCACUUCAGCUUCUUGCAUUAUCCAAAGCCUUAAAAGUGUAAAAGAGAAAAGAAGACUUUAGCCCCCAUCAAAAUGAAGACAGAACCUCAACCACUUGAGGCUGGUGAAACUUCCAAGCGUUUAACCUCAACACAAGGGGUCACUAGAGGGCUCUCUAUAGUGGACUUAAUUCUUCGAAUUAUUGCAGCUAUUGGAACACUAGGAAGUGCUGUAGCAAUGGGAACAACAAACGAAACACUACCAUUUUUCACACAGUUUGUCCAAUUUUCUGCUCAGUACAAUGAUCUUCCUACUUUCACGUUCUUUGUGAUCGCGAAUUCGAUUGUAUGUGGCUAUCUUGUUGUAAUUUCUCUCCCACUAUCUAUCUUUCACAUCAUCAGGAGUGCAGCAAUAAAUAGUAGGAUCAUCUUGGUCAUCUUUGACACGGUAAUGUUGGCUCUUCUUACUGCUGGAGCUUCUGCAGCAACAGCAAUAGUAUACUUGGCACACAAUGGGAAUGCUAGUGCAAAUUGGGUUGCAAUCUGCCAACAAUUCAAUUCCUUCUGUGAGCGCACUUCUGGAUCUUUGAUUGGCUCUUUUGGAGGAAUACUCAUAUUCAUGCUGCUAAUUGUUACCUCUGCUGUGGCUAUUUCUAGAUGCUAAUCUAUGACAUACAGACAUCCCUGUUCAUUUAUUAGGGUUCUGAAACCAUAAAUCUAGAUAAAAAUUUUCACAACCGCUUACGUAGCCUAUUAUGAUUGGUACAUAAUAUAAUGUGGUGUUAGUAGUUUAAUCCUUGUAAACUGAUGUUAUUUUGAUCAAAACUUGUCAUGUUAACAAGUUAUGAAAAUUGUGCCCUUAACAUUUCUCUCUGUAAUGGUAAUAUAAAGUAUGUCAGAAGUCAUGUCUAUGAACUUCUUAUAA